AUGUCCAGUAUACUGCUGAGAGUCAAGCCUUCCAUUUCAGCGACCAGAAGCUUCAGUGCAUCCGUCCUAAGAAUGGAUGCUGGAUUGAAGUUCAAGCCCAACACAAAGACUCAAGUAGAAGUGGGAUCUAUGAAGCAACCUGGAAACAACAAAAGGGUUGACCCUCGUCUGAUGAAAAGAUUUGCCAGAGACAGCAUUUAUGAUCCAUUUGAUUUCUCUUUGGCAAGAAUACAUCUCGACAGGAAAGAGAGCUCAUCAAACCGUUCUGCCAAUGAUAUGUUUGACAAAUUUGGUGUGAAUCCCCUGGAUCUAUACACCAGUCCCGAGAUUUUGUCUCAAUUUUUGUCAUCUACUGGUAAGAUUCUUCACAGAGAUGUCACUGGUCUUUCUGCUAAAAACCAGCGUCGUCUAUCUAAAGCUAUCAGAAGAGCUCAGGCAAUUGGAUUAUUGUCAAAGACUCAUAAAGAUGUGUCAUUCUUACCAACAAGAACUAGUGGUAGACUAUAA